GCUGCCUCCUGCCCGUGUUGCAGGAAGUGUCAUAGGGGGAGAAAAAUCGUAACGAGCUGCUUCUCAGCUGAUCAGCUGCUGGAGGGAGGCGGAAGUGCCUCCUAACUAUGGACGACGCCGGAGUUUGCAGGGGGAAAUAUAUCUUUACCGACAAUAUCGCUGUUUCUCUGCCGGAUUGCUGAGCAGACACUAGGGUGGACGGAUGGUUUAAUUUUUAAAACAUUUCGUUUUAAAACAUCGGCGCCGCUAACCUGGGACACUUUGGCCAGGGAAGAAAAGCCAACCAAUCGUAUUUCCACCCCGUUCCCAAAAAACAGUUCUCACUUACGAAAGGCAGGAGUUAAAAUCAAUCAAGAAUUUUGCACAAGCCUUUCUCUCUCCCCCUUUCAUAUCAUCUUUUAUUUUUAUUAUUAUUAUGGAAGGGAGGGGAAAAUAAUUUUUUCCAGUACCGAGAGAGGGGUGGAGAAAGGAAGGGGAAGUCCUGCAGUAGCCUGUCUGGCUCUGUCUUCCCAGGCAGACUGAGAUGAAAUCAUUUUCGGGGGCGUUGGCAUGGCAUCCUUCAAGCCGUUCGGCCAGGCUGGGCAGAGGGACGACGAGGAGAAUGGCGGGGACUUGGACCGAUCUCUUCAGCAGAUGCUUCGGGCGAUAGUGGAGGAGAGAAACCGCGUCAAUAUCCGCCAGGAGAUCAGCGGGCUUGGGUGUUUCAAAGAUGACCGCAUUGUGUUUUGGACAUGGAUGUUUUCCACUUACUUUAUGGAAAAAUGGGCCCCCCGGCAGGAUGACAUGCUGUUCUAUGUCCGCAGGAAACUCUCCUAUGUUGCUGGAGAUAAUACAGAUGGGAAGAAGCAGGUUGAAGUUGAAGUGUACCGCAGGGAUUCUAAGAAGCUGCCUGGCCUGGGAGAUCCAGAUAUUGACUGGGAGGAGAGUGUCUGCCUGAACCUUAUUCUUCAAAAGCUGGAUUACAUAGUGACUUGUGCUGUGUGUACCCGUUCGGAUGGAGGAGAUAUCCACAUUCAUAAAAAGAAAUCCCAGCAAGUCUUUGCAUCUCCAAGUAAACACCCCAUGGAUAGCAAAGGGGAGGAAUCAAAGAUCAGCUAUCCAAACAUAUUCUUUAUGAUUGACAACUUUGAAGAGGUAUUCAGUGAUAUGACUGUCGGGGAAGGUGAGAUGGUCUGUGUGGAGCUCGUGGCCAGCGACAAAAGUAACACCUUCCAAGGAGUUAUCUUCCAGGGAUCCAUUCGCUAUGAAGCCCUUAAGAAGGUCUAUGACAAUAGGGUAAGCGUUGCAGCAAAAAUGGCACAAAGAAUGUCUUUUGGCUUUUAUAAAUACAAUAAUAUGGAAUUUGUGCGAAUGAAGGGGCCACAAGGAAAAGGACAUGCAGAAAUGGCAGUCAGUCGCGUUUCAACAGGUGACACUUCUCCCUAUGGUACAGAGGAAGAUUCAAACCCAGGUUCACCUCUGCACGAGAGAGUCACUUCAUUCAGCACUCCUCCAACUCCAGAACGCAACAACCGCCCUUCUUUUUUCUCCCCAUCCCUAAAGAGGAAAGUGCCCCGGAAUCGAAUUGCUGAAAUGAAGAAAUCCCAUUCUGCCAAUGAUAGCGAGGAGUUCUUUAGGGAUGAUGAUGGUGGAGAUCUGCACAAUGCAACAAACCUAAGGUCCAGGUCUUUGUCUGGAACGGGAAGAUCUCUGGUGGGCUCGUGGCUGAAGCUGAACAGAACAGAUGAAAACUUUCUUCUCUAUGCACAUUUAACCUACGUCACCUUGCCACUGCAUCGAAUCUUAACAGAUAUUCUGGAGGUGCGGCAGAAACCGAUUCUGAUGACAUAGCAGAGAGCUGGGCACUGCCUUGGAAGCCUUGCAGCCAAGUGCCUAAAAUAAACUACAGUGCUCUUCUGUCACAGCACCACCAUCUAGUGUCAGGAACUUAACAUAACACUGGAAAAAAGGGAUGUUUUAGGAAUUACCAGCCAGCCAUUCAAAAAGUGCCUCUUCCGUUCUUCCUCUGCAUACUGUAUGCUCCCUUAAAAGAAAAAAUAAGACUACAACUCUUCAUAGUUAUGACUGGCAGAAGUAACUUGUCUAAUAAAUACGACAAGAAAAAAAGAACAAGGAAAAACACAAGUAGGGGCUGUGUUUAAACAAUGCUUUAUGAACAAUUUGUUUUAGUGUUUACUUCGUAACUGGAAACCAACAAACCUGUACAGAAUGUACUAACCUUUAUAUACUUUGAGAGAAACGUCCAUAGGAUUUCAUACUGAUGUACCCAAUGAACUUCAUGUAAUAGAUGGUUGAGAACACUCUUGUUGCAUAAUAAAGCGACUUUGCAUA